AUGCAAGCCGAUAAAACUAAUAGCAAAAUCCAUCAAGUAAUAAGGCUACUUACAAAAUCACGAAAAAGGCUUCAAGAAAAGCGACAGCAAAAUCUACCAAGUAACAAGACCACUUACAAAAUCACGAAAAAGGCUCCAAGAAAAGCAACGACACCAAGAAAAAUGACGACACUAGAAAAAGCGACGACAUCAGGAAAAGCGACGACACCAGAAAAAGAGAUCAGAAUCAAUGCCACCAGAAAAAGCGAUGACAUCAAGAAAAAUGACGACGCCAGGAAAAGCGACAAUACCAGAAAAAGUGAUCAGAAUUAUUGUCACCAGAAAAAGAGAUCAGAAUCAAUGCCACUAGAAAAAGCAACGACACUAAGAAAAACGACGACACCAGGAAAAGCGACGACACCAGGAAAAGCGACGAUAUCAGGAAAAGUGACGACACCAGGAAAAGCAAUGAUACCAGAAAAAGAGAUCAGAAUCAAUGCCACCAGAAAAAGCAACGACACCAAAAAAAACGACAACACCAGAAAAAGCAACAACACCAAAAAAAGAGAUCAGAAUCAAUGCUACCAGAAAAAGCGAUGA